UGACGUUCGCGCAGGUGUGGUUACGACAAAACAUUAUCCAUGGAAUUUCGGAUUUCAAACCUAAGAGCCUCGUUUUCAAACACAGGAGCAUUUAACGAUGGCGGACAGUGCUCCAGCCAGUGGCAGAGGAGGAUUUCGUGGGGGUUUUGGAGCUGGUGGCCGAGGUAGAGGUAGAGGCCGGGGACGUGGCCGAGGGCGUGGUAGGGGUCGUGGACGUGGAAAGGAAGGGGACAAAGAAUGGAUUCCUGUUACCAAACUUGGAAGACUAGUUAAGGAUGGCAAAAUAAAGUCACUCGAAGAAAUUUAUCUGUUUUCAUUGCCUAUUAAAGAAAGUGAAAUCAUUGACUUUUUCCUGGGCUCUGCUUUGAAAGACGAGGUUUUGAAGAUUAUGCCAGUUCAGAAACAGACUCGUGCUGGUCAGCGUACAAGAUUUAAGGCUUUUGUGGCUAUUGGUGAUUAUAAUGGACAUAUUGGACUUGGUGUAAAAUGUUCCAAAGAAGUAGCCACAGCUAUUCGAGGAGCCAUUAUAUUGGCUAAGCUUUCUGUCAUUCCUGUUCGUCGAGGUUAUUGGGGGAACAAAAUUGGUAAACCUCAUACUGUACCAUGUAAGGUUACAGGAAAAUGUGGUAGUGUUCUGGUACGACUUAUACCUGCUCCUCGAGGCACUGGUAUUGUGUCUGCUCCAGUUCCUAAGAAACUAUUAACUAUGGCAGGAAUUGAAGAUUGCUACACUUCAGCUAGAGGGUCAACUGCCACACUUGGUAAUUUUGCCAAAGCCACGUACCUAGCUAUCCAGCAGACCUAUAGUUAUCUAACACCUGACCUAUGGAAAGAGAAUGUUCUGGCUAAAUCACCAUACCAAGAGUUUACUGACUAUUUGAUGGCCACACAGAAACAAGUGGGGACUGUUAGUCAGGAGCAACCACCCUUCUGAGUUAUUCAUUAUUUUUUUUUUUGUUUACUUUUAUGAAUAAUGUAAUCCAAACACCAUGGUAUUCCAUACAUGUAAUAACCAAUUAAAAAGUACUAUUACUACUAAUAAAAAAAAUACAAAACAAA